UUUUUCUGGAGUGCAGCCAGUUGACAGCGGUGCUCGUGUACUGGAUGGCGACACUCCUCUAACGACUGGUUACGUUCUUGCUGUUUUCCGUGACUCGUUUCGAGUGUUUAGUUACCGCGUGCCGGCCUGAUAUGACCCGACUCGGAGCUGUCAGUUCGGAAAUGAUAACCUUGCCGUACCGCUAGGCGUUGCAGGCUGUUUCACAUCACGCUGCGCUGGCUGCGUAGAGUUGGGGGCGACGAGCGCUCAGUGCUGUCUCAGUAGAUCUACCAGUAGUGGUGUCUGGCCAGCCUCGGAGGGUUGUCCUUUCCACAGCUGGACGCCUGUCGGAAAUGACCGACGAAGCCAGUGCGCCGGAUACAAGAAACCUGCUGUGCGAUGAUGGCGAGGAGGAUUUAUUUUCCGGCAAGGAUGACUGCGCGUCAAGCUUGUCGUACACUCGAAAACGGAGGAAUAUCGUGUUCGCUUGCAUUGGCGUAAAUUCGGUGCUUAUCGCCGCUUCCGUCAGUCUGAUGAUGCCAGUGUUGUCAAUUGAAGCUCAGUUCAAGAAUCCGAGCGACGCCCCUGCUAAACAUGCAUCUGUGGGAAUCGUGUUCAGCGUGGCCAAGUUUUCAGAGUUCAUAGCUGCUCCACUCCUGGCGUCGGAGAUGCAGAACGUAGGAAGCAAGUAUCUGCUAGUUCUUAGUGCGUUGGGUGUUGGAGGAUGUCUCACACUGUUUGCCUUUGUGGAUUACGUCAGUGGAUGGCCACAGUUCUUGAUGUUAAGCUGUGCUGUGCGCAUUGUCCAGGGUGUGUUCACAGUCGGAAAUUUCAUUGCUGUCUACGCCAUUCUGGUGGCCGUCCUGCCCGAUCGCCUGGCGUUUGCCAACGGAUCAAUUCGCGCGUUCAAUGGCUUUGGCUACGCAUUUGGUCCGUUUCUGGGUGGCGUGUUGUAUGACGCCGGCGGUUUUGUGGUGGCAUUUGUAAUUGGAGGUGUGUUAGUUAGUGUCAUGGCAAUGCUCAUGAUAAUCUUCUUACCCUCCGUGGACACUAGAGAAAGUCAAAAGGUUUUACUUUUAGAAGCUAAGUCUAAGAAUCAGAUCAGCACAUGGAGAAUACUAGCUGUGCCGUGGAUUUGGGUCGGCCUGACAACCAUGUUCCUUGGCAACUUCAUGAUCGGAGCAGUGGAAGCCACUCUUCCGCUUCACCUUGACAGGGUCUUGCUGACGACAACAUCCGUGGGCGGCACAAUGUUCCUAAUGUUUGGACUUAUCUACGGUGGCCUGGCGCCUAUCCUAGGCUACACUGUUGACCGUGGGCUAGUGAGCAUGAAGGUGAUGCAGAUAAUGGGCCUGUUGGUCACAGCCAUAGCAUUCCAGUUGAUUGGACCUGUUGGGUAUGUGCACACGCGUGACUCGCUUGGCCUGACCGCAUUCUCAAUGACACUGUUUGCCAUCGGUAUUGCGCCAAUGAUAACCCUGUCGCCGAUAGACAUCACCCGUACGCUGUCUGAGCGUGGCUUUGGCACAGCAAUGGAGCUGCGCUAUGCUGUAGCGGGCACAACUCGCGCUGCACUGUCGCUGGGCUAUGCAGCUGGUCCCAUUGUGGCGAAUGCCAUCUCAGCAGGUUGGACAUUUGAAAAUGGCAUGGCAAUUAUUGGCGCCGCCUAUUUUCUCCAUGGUCUAUUGCUGAUUACUGAUAGAGUGUUUAGAUAUGCGGUGGGGAAUUGCCGAAAUACAUGUGCUGCUGCUGCUGCCCCUUCACGGUCUGAAUAGAAAAUGAAUGCUGGCAACAUUCAGCAAAUGGAGAUAUUCUCAGCUUGUGAACAGCUUGAUACUGUAGAUGUAUCAGGUAUUCACUCUUCCAGAUGUUCAAGUGGGUCUGCUUACUUCACAAUGGAACUUGUGUCCUCUUAUUCAGCUGCAGGCAAGCAGUGCUGCCUGAUCAAUUUAGCCACCUUUCAUAGCAAACAAAUGGAUACUUCAGGACUCCAGUAGCUUUCCCAGUUUUUGAGUACACACAGAAUUCCCCUUCUCUCUUGAUACACUCUCAAUCUCAGUAACUAUUGUUGUGUUCUUGUGUUGCCACCUGGACAUCCGAACUCCUGAUCAAUGAUCAAUAUAUAAUUUCAAACUCCUGAUCAAUAUCAAAUUUCAAAUUAUUUUACUUAAAAUUAUGAAGCUGAUUUAUGUAUCUCAAUACUAGCUGUUUGGUGCAUAUUUCCGUGGGCAAAUAA